AUGGAAAACACUGCUCCUCUCGAUGACGACGAAUACGACGCCGCAUCGUCCCUACUCCUCCUCUCCGAGUCCAACGGUGGUUUCUGUAAUCCAACAAUCUCUACACAUGAAGAAGCCUCGACCAUCAAAAUCGAAACACAAAAAAGAGCCUCUCCCGGUACGCCGUUGGCGCUGGACGACCACACGACGGCCGACAAGGGAAAGGCGGCCGCCGUCGCCGUUGAUACAGAGGAUCUCCAGUGCUCCAUCUGCCAUGAGACGUUCGCCACCUGGCAGGCAUUGCGGAACCACUUCGAUCAAUCCAAACUCGCCGGAAAACCCUCAACUUCUGCCAACGGAGGCGCCUCCACCUGCGACGUCGACUUGAACCUGCCCCCUCCGGAAUAG